CGGGCCCCGCGCGCGGACUGUUCGGGCCGGGCGGGGUGUGCUGGAGCGGUCGGCGGGUGAGGGAACGAGCGGGCGCUCGGUGUCAGGACGACGGCCGGGUUUGAGUGAGUGGAGGUGCUGGUGGUGAGAACAUGGACAACUCUGUGCUCAGAGGGGAUCUCAUCUCAGCAAGUCUGCAUGAGAGAUCAUUGGUCGAAGAGGAUGAUCCUCAUCUGAAAGUGUCCUUGGCGAGUGGCGACAUGGGCGUGGCAACCCAUUUACAGUCUUCAAAGACCGGAAACACUCGCUUCUUCACAAGCAACACCCAUAGUUCUGCAGUGUUACAGGGGUUUGACCAACUCCGAAUUGAAGGCUUACUUUGUGAUGUCACCCUUGUGCCAGGAGAUGGUGAUGAAAUAUUUCCAGUCCAUAGAGCAAUGAUGGCCUCAGCUAGUGACUAUUUUAAGGCUAUGUUCACAGGUGGAAUGAAGGAGCAGGACCUCAUGUGCAUCAAACUUCACGGCGUGAACCGAAUAGGGUUGAAGAAAAUCAUUGAUUUCAUUUACACUGCAAAGCUUUCCCUGAACAUGGACAACCUUCAGGAUACUUUGGAAGCAGCUAGCUUUCUGCAGAUUUUACCUGUCCUGGAUUUCUGUAAAGUAUUUCUUAUAUCUGGGGUUUCUCUUGAAAACUGUGUUGAGGUUGGACGAAUUGCAAAUACUUACAACUUGACGGAAGUAGAUAAAUAUGUGAAUAACUUCAUUCUGAAGAACUUCACUGCACUGCUAAGUACUGGUGAAUUUGUGAAACUCCCAUUUGAGCGCCUUGCCUUUGUGCUUUCAAGUAACAGCCUCAAAAACUGCACGGAACUUGAACUUUUCAAGUCUGCCUGUCGUUGGUUGAGAUACGAGGAUUCACGGAUGGAUUUUGCCUCAAAGAUAAUGAAGAACAUUAGGUUUCCUCUGAUGUCACCGCAGGAAUUAAUUAAUCAUGUUCAAACGGUGGACUUCAUGAGAACGGACAAUGUUUGUGUCAAUCUGCUACUAGAAGCCAGUAACUAUCAGAUGAUGCCCUAUAUGCAGCCUGUUAUGCAGUCUGAAAGAACCUGUAUCCGUUCAGAUAACACGCACUUAGUAACCUUGGGUGGAGUGCUGAGGCAACAGCUAGUUGUGAGCAAAGAGUUAAGAUUAUAUGACGAAAAGGCCCAUGAAUGGAAAUCGCUCGCUCCAAUGGAUGCACCAAGGUACCAGCAUGGCAUUGCAGUGAUUGGAAACUUCCUUUACGUUGUAGGUGGGCAGAGCAAUUAUGAUACAAAAGGAAAGACUGCUGUUGACACCGUGUUCAGAUACGAUCCUCGGUACAACAAAUGGAUGCAAGUAGCGUCUUUAAAUGAAAAGCGUACUUUCUUCCACCUAAGUGCCCUGAAAGGUCACCUUUAUGCAGUUGGUGGUAGAAAUGCAGCUGGAGAAUUAGCAAAUUUCAAGGUUCUCCUUGCAAUGACCAAACCCAAAUCAUCUCUAUACAGAGAACGAAAUUACUCCACAGGUGGGAUUACUCAUGAUACCUUCCAAAAAGAACUCAUGUGCUUUGACCCUGACACAGACAAAUGGACCCAAAGAGCUCCGAUGACCACUGUUCGGGGCCUGCAUUGCAUGUGCACGGUGGGAGAUCGGCUUUAUGUCAUUGGAGGCAACCACUUCAGAGGAACCAGUGAUUAUGAUGAUGUCUUGAGCUGUGAAUUCUACACACCUGCCCUGGACCAUUGGACCCCCAUUGCAGCAAUGCUGCGUGGCCAAAGUGAUGUUGGUGUGGCUGUCUUUGAAAAUAAGAUCUACGUGGUGGGAGGGUAUUCCUGGAAUAACCGCUGCAUGGUGGAGAUAGUUCAGAAAUAUGACCCCGAGAAAGACGAAUGGCAGAAGGUCUUUGAUCUCCCUGAGUCCUUGGGAGGAAUCCGAGCAUGCACUCUCACAGUCUUUCCACCAGAAGAAAAUACUGGCUCACCUUCCCGAGAAUCACCUCUCUCUGCCCCUUAGAGAAAGAACAGGACUCCAUAACUUCAGCUCUUACAAAGAACUCACUUGCACAGCAUCAUUAUUAAUAUCAAAGAUUUUCUGCCUAUUUUGCUCGUUAGUAACUAUAUUAGGCAGUGACAUGAGUAUAAUUUACAGAAACAGUGAAUUGAGUUAUUUGUGCAGUACUGUUGACAUCGGUUGUCUGCCUGUUACAAGAGAGACAUAAUAAUAAUAUAUAUGUCCAGGAUUGAACUCUGAAAAAGUUUAGCGAUUUUACUGUUAUACAGUGUGAUUUUUUUUGGGGGGAUGCAAUGCAGUGCUGAGGAUCUCACUAUGAUUCAUGGAAAACAGUUUAUUAACUUACCAUUGGGUGUAUCUUCUUUACCAUCAGCUUGAACAUUUCAAAACAUAGAUUAAUACUGUACAUAUGGGUGUGUGAAGACAGUCUGUCACGUGACUGUUUUCCAUUAAAUGUUGACCCAAGUUAAUUGGUUGCCCCACCUAUUUGAAAUUGCGGGACACAUCCUGUCUUUUGGUAUGCUAAAUUAAACAGCACUGAUGGUUUGAAUUCCCGUAUGCAGUAUUUGUGCCACUAUCAUUUCAUUUCUGAAUUCAGAGAGCGGACUGGUUUAAUUCUGACCUAGGCAGCUCUAGCCUUUUCCUUUGUUUGUUGUACAAGUUAUGAUGGUGCUGCAUCUCUCCUCUUCACAUCUUGGUGAGACUGUUUAGCACAUCAGGCGAUGACUGGAGGAGCAUUGCUGCAGCUCAGUGAACAUGAAUGAUAACGCUCAACGUUUUCUGUUCAAUAAAGAUUUAACUGAAAUCACCAGGCCUA